GCGGCGGGAGCGGCGGGCACGGGCCGGAGGGACGCAGCCGGGGCCCUCGGGGCGGCGCCGCCAUGUCCGACAGCGAGAAGCUCAACCUGGACUCCAUCAUCGGGCGGCUGCUGGAAGUGCAGGGUUCCCGGCCCGGCAAGAACGUGCAGCUGACGGAGAAUGAGAUCCGCGGCCUGUGCCUCAAGUCCCGCGAGAUCUUCCUGAGCCAGCCCAUCCUCCUGGAGCUCGAGGCGCCCCUCAAGAUCUGCGGUGACAUCCACGGCCAGUACUAUGACCUGCUCAGAUUGUUUGAGUAUGGGGGCUUCCCCCCUGAGAGCAACUACCUCUUCCUGGGGGACUACGUGGACCGGGGCAAGCAGUCCCUGGAGACCAUCUGCCUGCUGCUGGCCUACAAGAUCAAGUACCCCGAGAACUUCUUCCUCCUCCGUGGCAACCACGAGUGCGCCAGCAUCAACCGCAUCUAUGGCUUCUACGAUGAGUGCAAGAGACGCUACAACAUAAAGCUCUGGAAAACCUUCACGGACUGCUUCAACUGCCUGCCCAUCGCGGCCAUUGUGGACGAGAAGAUUUUCUGCUGUCACGGAGGACUGUCCCCAGACCUGCAGUCCAUGGAGCAGAUCCGGCGCAUCAUGAGGCCCACAGACGUGCCAGACCAAGGGCUGCUGUGUGACCUCCUGUGGUCAGACCCCGACAAGGACGUGCAGGGCUGGGGGGAGAACGACCGUGGCGUCUCCUUCACCUUCGGGGCCGAGGUGGUGGCCAAGUUCCUUCACAAGCACGACCUGGACCUCAUCUGCCGGGCACACCAGGUGGUAGAAGACGGCUAUGAGUUCUUUGCCAAACGGCAGCUGGUCACCCUCUUCUCCGCCCCCAACUACUGUGGCGAGUUUGACAAUGCGGGCGCUAUGAUGAGCGUGGAUGAAACCCUCAUGUGCUCUUUCCAGAUUCUUAAGCCGGCCGACAAGAACAAAGGCAAAUACGGGCAGUUCAGCGGCUUGAAUCCUGGCGGCCGCCCCAUCACCCCACCCCGUAACUCUGCCAAGGCCAAGAAGUAGCCGCUCCAGGCCCCCCAGGGAAGACUGACUGUCCAGAAUCCUGGCUCCUCUCAGGGUCUCCGAGGCCCGGGGGGCCGCUAGUGGCAGGGAGCACCAACCCUCGGGGUCAUUUUCUUUUAUAAAAAACAAAGUCAAAUAGAGUCUGACCCCCUCUGGCCCUGCCCUCUGAGCUGGGUCCUGGGAGGGGCAGUGGGGAGGGGGCGGGAAGGCCGGCUUGAGUCCUGCUGGGCUCAGCUGCCCUGUCGAGGGCCGCCAGGCUCUGUGCCCUCCUCUGGUCUUUUUGGAAUAAACGUCAAAGCUGGAUUCUC